CAGUCGAUGUCGUUGCAGGUAUGCUUCAAUGCCCUUGAGCUGAUAUCACCAUCUCUAUGCUUUUUCAUCUUUUGUUUUUCUACAUUGCUCGGCAGGUGUCUAUGGCACCUGCAGUCAAUUCUCUAGACACAAAGGAGCUGUCUGAAAAGGUAAAGGCAAUGGUAAUGCAAGAGCUGCGGCUGCACAAAGCACAACCUGUUCUAGAAGGCACGCAGGACAUCGCACGAAUCCGGGAUAAAAUAGGAGAAAGCAUACAAACAAGCACGCCCAAUGGAGUUUGUGUCUUGAAUAAUUCGACCGAAAUUUUCAACUGCUUUACGUAUCCUAUUGAUCCUCGCGCUCAAUCUGUAACCGCAAAGUUCACAAUGAGCCUGAGGCGAAACUUGGGACCCAUAAGCAUAACUGUGACGCUGUUUGAAGUUAUCGGAUGGCAUGGAGAGCUCAGAAAGCUAGGCAGAGCAACUCUCGAGCAAAAUGAGAUUGCACGCAUUCGCAGUCUUCGAAUAGAAGUGAUCCAUAGCGCCAAAAGCUGGUUCAAUAAGGGAUCGACAGCGAAGAAGCUUUUAGAGCACAACGUGAAGGUGGACAUCUUAGUAGACAGCAAGCCCGUUUCCUAUUUCAAAUAUUUUCUUGGGCCUCCGGAGCUGGAUCUUGCCUAUUACGAUGAUCCCUUGUGGAAUAGAUGUGAUCCGCAAUUAGAAUGCUGUCUUAUGCCACACUAUGUCAACUUCACUGAGAUAGGCUGGAGCAAAUACAUAUUGUAUCCGGCUGGUUUUUACGCGAAUUAUUGUAUAGGACCCAAGGAUAUGUUUUGCCCCCACGAAGAUCCGGCUGUGGAAGGUCUGCUGAGCACAGUUCGUAUGCAAUCGGAACUGCCAAGUGAGAACCACCCAUGCGUUCCACGAAAACUGGCACCACUCAAUAUACUCUACUCUAUUGGACCAAAUCACUACAUGAAGCUCCGACUGGAUGAUGUUCGUGCCCUGUCUUGCUCUUGUGACUGAUUGAGAUCCAACACAGCAUAUCAAAUUUAUGACAAAAAUAAAGUUGAUUG